CGGCGGUCCACAGACAACCACUGCCGGUCCAUCCGCUGGUAAUGUGGCAAAUGCUACCAUUGCCGGUGUUAAGAGCACAAGCAAUAACAUGUAUUCCACCCGCCAAUCUGUAAGCACCACAACCGGUGUGCUCAUGGUCGGACCAAAUUUUCGUGUCGGUAAAAAAAUUGGCUGUGGUAACUUUGGCGAAUUGCGUUUAGGAAAAAAUCUUUACAACAAUGAACAUGUAGCAAUAAAAAUGGAGCCUAUGAAGUCGAAGGCUCCGCAACUACACUUAGAGUAUAGGUUUUAUAAGCUAUUAGGAUCACAUGCCGAAAACGCCCCAGAAGGCAUACCACGCAUUUAUCACUUGGGCACUUGCGGUGGCCGUUAUAAUGCCAUGGUUUUAGAGUUAUUGGGAUUAUCGUUAGAAGAUCUCUUCAAUAUUUGCUCCCGUAAAUUUUCACUUAAGACUGUAUUGAUGAUAGCGAAACAACUUCUCCACCGGAUCGAAUAUGUUCAUAGUCGGCACUUAAUUUAUAGGGAUGUAAAACCUGAGAAUUUUCUCAUUGGCAGAACAUCAACAAAACGUGAAAAAAUUAUACACAUAAUUGAUUUCGGUUUGGCCAAAGAAUAUAUUGAUUUAGAUACAAAUAGACAUAUACCAUAUCGGGAUCAUAAGUCCCUGACGGGCACCGCUCGCUAUAUGUCGAUCAACACGCAUAUGGGACGCGAGCAGUCGAGACGUGACGAUCUGGAGGCUCUGGGUCAUAUGUUUAUGUACUUCUUAAGAGGAUCACUGCCCUGGCAAGGCCUUAAGGCUGAUACACUCAAAGAGAGAUAUCAAAAAAUCGGUGAUACAAAACGUGCAACACCUAUUGAGGUACUUUGUGACGGCCACCCCGAAGAGUUUGCAACAUAUUUGCGUUACGUGCGGCGGUUAGAUUUUUUCGAAACACCCGAUUAUGAUUUUCUGCGAAGACUGUUUCAAGACUUAUUCGAACGUAAGGGCUAUACCGACGAGGGCGAAUUUGACUGGACAGGGAAAACCAUGUCAACGCCCGUCGGAUCUCUCCAAACUGGCCAUGAAGUCAUCAUUUCACCAAAUAAAGAUCGUCAUAAUGUUACGGCUAAGACAAAUGCCAAAGGAGGUGUUGCUGCGUGGCCGGACGUGCCCAAGCCGGGUGCGACCCUUGGCAAUCUGACACCCGCCGAUCGGCAUGGUUCAGUGCAGGUUGUGAGUUCGACAAACGGCGAACUGAAUGCGGACGAUCCCACGGCCGGACACUCCAAUACGCCCAUCACCCAACAGCCGGAAGUAGAGCUUGUCGACGAAACAAAUGGUUCCUUAUAUUCCAGAUGUUGUUGUUUCUUUAAACGAAAGAAGAAGAAAUCAACGCGCCAAAAAUGACUAGAAGGUGUACAAUGUAGUCCAGAACGCGAGGCAGUUACCUUGCUGCGCGCCACUUCACAUUCAAACUCACGGGAUAGCGUAUUGAAUAAUCCGAGUCAGGAUUACAUCCAACAGGCAACGUCGCAGCACACGUUGCGUUAUCCUCCAUCCGCGUCGAUGUUGACGCCAACACCAACUACAAAUACACCGACACUUCCGUUGUAAUUUAUAUAAAUACAGAAAUCCGUAAAUAGAAAAGCGAAAAACAACAAACAAACAAAAA